AUGUUACCUCUUCGACUGCUGACACCGAGACGUACUCUGUUCUCCUUUGCCAAAAAAUCGCUCUGGCAGCUACCGUCCAACUCGGGGCCGCCAAUCCCUCAACAGGAGCUCGUUGACGAAGAGGCCUGUUCUGACUACGGGUCAGCAUCUUUCUACCCUGCAAAGCCGGGGGAAGUACUCGCUAAGAAGUUUCAACUACUUGUCAAAAUCGGAUGGGGAUCACAGUCGACCGUGUGGCUCGCGCGAGACGUUUCUAGUAACAACGCUGACGAUGCAUGCCAUGAGAAGGAGAUUGAAAACCAUAUCACAGGGCAGCAGUCGGAGCAUCGCGGCCGUGUAAUUCUACGGACAUGCCUGGAUGACUUCGAGGUAACUGGUCCUAAAGGAAAGCACAUGUGCCUGGUGUACGAGCCGAUGAGAGAGCCUCUCUGGAUCUUACAGAGGCGUUUUGUUAAUCGCAAACUUCCUCUCCCCAUUGCGAAGGCUUAUAUCUAUUUCCUCCUUGUUGGUCUUGAUCAUCUUCACUCAGAGUGCAAAGUUGUCCACACAGAUCUGAAGCUGGGGAAUAUCCUGAUGAGCUUUGAAAACGAAAGCACUCUUACCAACUUCAUUAAACGGCAACAACCGAUGCAAUGCAAGGUUGAUAACGAGAGUGGUCGGACUAUCUACCGCUGCCAUAUUGACUUUGGUGCUCUUGCCGGGAGAGAAAUCAAGAAUAUGAUUCCCCAAAUAGCCGAUUUCGGGCUCGCAACAAGACUGGACAGACCAUCUACCCUGAAUGGAAUGGUGGGAGAGCAAUUGGGCACCUAUCCUAUCCAGCCAGACUAUUACCGUGCUCCCGAGGUAAUUCUUGGUUGUGGUUGGGAUUUCAAGGCAGAUAUUUGGAAUUUUGGUGUGCUGUUGUGGAAUAUCCUUGGGAAUAAGGAGUUGUUCCAGCAGGUACGUGAUACAAACGGUCAAUACGACGCAAAGUCACACCUAGCGGAAAUGAUUGCGUUACUCGGCCCUCCCCCAGGGGAAUUGCUCGCGAAAUCAAAGGCGAUGUCAGAGCAUAACUGGCCCCAGCCUGUCAUGAACGAGACUGGAGCACUCUGCAACAAUGCUCUAGAAUUCUUUGGUGGGCCGUUCUUCAACGCAGAAGGUAAAUUCUGCUAUAAUGAAUUGAUCCCGUCAAGAAGUUUAGAGGAUACAAUUCCGUUCCUCGAAGAGAAGGAUCGAGAGGCAUUUCUAACUUUUAUUCGAGAUAUGCUCAUCUGGCUCCCAGAGAAGAGGAAGACAGCUCGCGAACUGAUAGAUCAUCCAUUUCUCAAACUUAGGGGUUAA